CCGCCGUGCGCCUGCCAUGGCUUCCGUACCCUCCGCCGGCUGCCUCCUGGCUAAGAACCAGUACUACAGAACAAGGCAGAACUCGGAAUCCAGUGUUUCUUCCAGCUCCUCCUCCUGUUUGGAUGCUGUGAACGCCACAGACCAGGAGAAAGCAUUUCAUGGGUUACCUGAAUUAAUUGAUAAAUGUUGGUGGAUAAAAAGCUUUUUCCAUAGUGAACCAUCUCCACCAACUGUUGGCAGAAAAACACUAUCAGCAAGCAGUACCAACAGUUGAACAGGACAGCAUGCUGACUUUACUGACCGAGCUACUAUGUACAGACUUGUUUUUCCAAGAGGCUUGGGAUCUUCCUAAUGUCUGGGUUCAGCUGCAAGAAGACGACAAAACCAUUAGGAGACCGGAAAAGUGUAUUUUCAAAAUAUUUGUCAGUAGCUUAAAUGAUAUUGCUUAAUGAACAUGCCCAUGGCCUACCUUGUUCAUUACGGAGUUGCUAUAAUUUGAGAUGUCUAUCUAAUGGAAGUUACCUGGAUUAAAUAUCCUGAUGACUGACUUGGGUAGUUAAGGAAAAAAAUGACAGCAAAAGUAAGCUAUAGUAGGUUUAGGAGAAGCAUGUGUAUUGAAUGACUUUGCAAUAUGUGAUAUUGUUAAGUUUUACCUUUAAGAUAUCGGCUCUAUAGGCAGUCAUGCUGAUGUAAACAAGAUUCAGAUAUAUAGUCCAGAGUCCAACUGUGCUAUGGUACAUGUUUUCUAUCAAGUAUCUCUCUGUACCAGUUACAGAGACUAAGUUUACAAGAAUGUUUGUUAAUAGCUUUGCUUUUAGAAAGCCCAAUUACACCAAGGAACUGUAAUUAGUUUGGUCUCUCUGUUAGAGCAGGGUGUAUAGAUCCCAGCCUCAAAUACUCGGGUACAACUUUCAUUCAUAUCUAAGCAUGUUGGUGCUUGAGACCAGAAUAGAAGAGAGACAAGAAAUCAGUAAUCCUGACAGACAUGGACACCUUCCAAGCAGAAUAGCAACCUUAAUCAGAGUUGGUACUCCUAGGUCUGUUUUACCUCUGUUUGACUUUUAGAUUACUCUCACCUGCUUUGCUGUAGCUUAAAGAGCUACUUGUUCUCAAGUGACUAAUCAAUAUUCACUGCUGUCUGUCAGCUUAGUUGUUAUGUGCUAGGUCUGGCAAAGUGUUCAACUCAAUCACGUUAAUGUUAUCAACCAAGUCUACCUUCAUCGUGAUUCGUGCUCUUGAAAGAUACUGUAACGUAGCUUCGUUUGGUCUUCAGCAUUGCAAGGCGGUACAUCAGAUUGUUUGUUCUACUGGGUAUGACUGAAAUGUGUCAGAGGUCAUAGAAAAUAUCAAGUAUUUGGCUGUAUGAUAUUUCUGUGCAACUUUUUGACAACUUUUUGACGUGCUGUCACUAAAAUCUAUCUGACCUUUUUCUGUCAUUGGAUGAGCUAACAAUAGCAAACAAGUUUUCAUCUUGAGUUAAUGUUUGUCAUGGUUGUGCAUAGGACUCCAAAGUGUAUUGAGUGACUGCUUCAGGAAGCUGAUGGCUUUGGUGGAGACCAUAAUGCAUGGCACGUGACAACAGAAAAGAACACAA